UAAUGUUGAGUCUCGGUCUGUUCGUGUCUCUGGUGGGUCUGACGGUGUCCGUUACCGGCAGCAGUGACGGAAACCCGCUGGACAAUGAUAAGUGGAUGAGCACCGUGUCCCAAUACGACAAGAGCAAAUACUGGAACAAAUUCCGCGACGAUGAUUACUUCAGAACCUGGAACCCCAACAAAGCACAAGACCAAGACAGGGAGUCAAACCCACAAUCAGAACUGAAACCUAAAUCACACUCACAGACCAAGAGCAAAACUGCUGAUGGGCUGGACAGCACUAAAGACCCCUGUCUGAAGGUUCACUGCCCUCCUCACAAAGUGUGUGUGAGCCACGACUUCCAGACGGCCAUCUGCACCAAUCACAAACCAGCACAGCACAGCAUUAAACCCAGGAAAGGAAAUCCUGGAAAUCCCCCCCAUAAGCAUUGGAUGAGACCUGUGAAACAUGGGAAAUGUAGGCCAUGUACUGUAGUUCACUCCAGCUGGGUGUGCGGCUCUGACGGACACACAUACUCCUCAAAGUGUAAACUUGAGUUCCAGGCCUGCAGCUCGAGUAAGAGCAUCUCUGUGAAGUGUGAGGGUCCGUGUCCCUGCCUGCCAGGACAGGAAGUCAUCAAACCACACACAGAGAAGAACAGCUGCAGCGAUGCUGAUUUGAGAAGUUUAGCAUCUAGACUCAAAGACUGGUUUGGGGUUUUGCACACGGAUGCAAACAGAGACCUGAAGAGCACCUCGAGUGACUCUGCACAGGGACGUUUUGACACCAGUAUUUUGCCCAUCUGUAAAGAUUCUCUCGGGUGGAUGUUCAACAAGCUGGACAUGAACUAUGACCUUCUGCUCGACCAGUCAGAGCUCAGCGCCAUUUACCUCGACAAAUACGAGCUGUGUAUGCGGCCGCUGUUCAACUCCUGUGACUCCUUCAAAGAUGGAAAGCUGUCUAACAACGAGUGGUGCUACUGUUUCCAGAAACCUGGCGGCAUGCCAUGUCAGAACGAGCUCAACAGGAUUCAUUCUCAGAGCCGAAUUAAGACUUUGAUAGGGGCGUACGUGCCGCGCUGUACUGAGGACGGGUAUUUUAAGAGCACUCAGUGUCAUGGCAGCAGCGGUCAGUGCUGGUGUGUGGACAAAUAUGGCAAUGAGAUCGCAGGGUCGCGCAGACAGGGAAACCCUAACUGUGAGGAGGAUCGGGAGACGUCUGGAGAUUUCAGCAGUGGCGGCGGUGCCGUGAUUCUAUUGGACGAUCAAGAGGAGGAGUCUCCACAGCGUGGGCGGGGCCGACAGAAAGAGAGGCGGGCUCGACUCCACCCCCACAGGGCGAUUGAUGACGACGAAGACGCUGAGGACGACGAGAUGGGCUACGUCUGGUAGCUCCGCCCACCCAUCUUACGCUAAUUAACCAGGGACCCAUGUUAAAAUGCACAGUUCUGAUGCCAUUCCAGCUCCGCCCCCUCAGACACGCCCCCUUCUUCUCAUUCUGGAUCUAAACUUGUCCUCCUCUUUCUGUCUUUCUGUCUUUCUCUCUUUCUCCAGCCGCCUCAUGUUCGGCCUCUGUUUUCCCUCGUUUAAACACUCCUGGAUCAUUCCUGCAUAUUCUAGACCGGCUCUAGACAGUAGACGUGCAUGACGAAAUUUGUUCAGCAUUUCGGGGGCUUCUUACCAGUUCUACAUCUUUUAAAAGGGUUCGUUCUCAGUGGUGAUAUGCAUGACCGCCACUGCUGAAUACAGGAGACGAUGUCUUGAGACCUUCGAGGGCGAGGAUCAGGUGGGCUUAAGCCAAACACGCACUAUACAAGACCGAAGCUCAUCGCGCUUUCAUGAUUUAUAUCUGCCACAAGAAGCUGCGGAUCGUGGCGAAUUCGCACAAUUGAUGUUUACUCUGUGUGAGAAAUGUCACAACUAGUCACAGAUGCUAUAGUAAUAGUUAAGAUCUAAAAUCUGUGCAGAGAGCAACAGCGACGAGGUAAUGAAAUUGCAAGAGAGCGCAAAAGAUAAUGGUGAAUUUCUCCCAAAGCACAGGCUAAUUCAUAUUUUCUUUUUCUUUUUCAUGCAUGCAAAAUCCAUGCAAAAAUGAUCUGAAGCCCUCCCUUUAGUGUGAGAACGAGAGAGGUUGUGCAGGAUGAUCUUGUAAUUGAUGCAUGUAGACUGUGAUUAGUUGAAUAUAAUGUGCAGAAAAACAACGCAACACAAGAAAAGAUGUAAAUGUGCACAGAGCGAUGAGCUUUAGUCAGGUUAUGUUGGCUUGACUUCAUACUGCUUUCACGUCAGUUCACAAUUACUGUAAUUAUAAGUGGCAAAACACAUCCAUGUGAUUGUGAACUUGUAGUUGAACUUCACUGCAAAAAAAUGCUGUUCUUCCUCUGUGUUUUUCUCUUGUUUUAUAGUACAAACUUUAUUUCAGUUAGUUGCCAAGACAAUUGAGUGUUUAUAUUUUAAUUUAU